CGGAAACCAUGUUUUAUUUUGAGAUUUGUACUUUGUUCUCUAUUUUUAUGUAUUUUGAGUAAAUAUUCCGACUCCCGACAAACUUAGGAUGGAAAACUACAUAGCUAAGUUGAACGAGUAUGCACAGAAACAACGGCUGGCGCUCCAGUUUGUGGAGGUUGGAGCUGCUGGCCCUGACCACAUUAAAACAUUUACUAUCAGAGUUGUUCUGAAUGGUAAAGCCUAUCCUGACGGUGUUGGAAAGAACAAGAAGGAAGCCAAGCAGAACGCUGCUAAAAAUGCCUUGGCAGGAUUGUUGGAGGAAUCAGCUGAUACUACAGAAAAUGCUGCAGAAGUUUCUAAUACAUCAGUUCAUCAGAGAAGUGUCAGUAACAUCAACUACAUCGGCUGGCUUAAUGAGUAUGGUCAAAGGAACAGGGUGAUUGUAAGGCCCGUGGAGGCUACCAGACCUGGACCAAAUAAUGAAAAUCAAUGGUGUAACUUUUUUGUUGGUGACAAGGAGUACCCGGCAGCUUCCGGGAAAACAAGAAGGGAAGCUAAGGAGGAAGCAGCCAAGCUUGUAUAUCACGAUAUAUGUGGCGCUUUAGAGACUGGAGAUGAGAAAGACAUUUUCACAUCAAGUCAGCAAAAGGAGGAAACAAAACAAAAUGUUGCAGAUGUCUGCCUUCAGAUAAAGAGUUUGGCUGUGAAACCUGAAGACAAAAGGUUUACAGAGUCAAAUUUCAUAGGUCUUGUCAACCACUACUGUCAGAAAACAUCCCUCUCCCACACGUUUAUUGAAGAGGUUAUAUGUGGACCACCUCAUAAUCGACAAUUUUCCUACAAAUUAGUCAUAGACGGCAAGGAAUACCCUGUUGGUGAGGGUAACAGCGUCAAGGAAGCCAAACAAAAUGCAGCUCGAUUAGCCUGGUCUGCUCUUCAGGAACAGUCAGACUGGGACAGCAAGAUAACUAUCAAGUCAGCUGUGUCAGAUGAUGGAGCACCAUCCAAGCUGUCCACACCACCAAGCACACUGGAUUCUGGUUAUCCAAAAUCAAGUAGCAGUACAACAACUACAAAUGACUCAGUUGUUUUCUCCCAGUCAUCUAACGCUUCCAAGGAGCAGAUCAUCGAUGUAAAACACGGUGGUUCUUCAAGUCACAAAGGAGUAGAAAUAAAUCAGAAUCAUGACGACAACUGUUCUAAGACAAAGAGCUUGAUGGUAAAGAAAGAAGGUGAAAUCUUUACAGAAGAGAAUUUCAUAGGACUCAUCAAUCUCUACUGUCAGAAAACAAAGCAUUGCCAUGAUUACGUCCUAGUGAGCAAAUGCGGUCCACCACAUAAUCCUCAAUUCUUCUACAAAGUAGUCAUUAACAACAAGGAAUAUCCUGUGGGUGAGGGUAAGACUAUCAAAGAGGCCAAACAAAAUGCUGCUCGGCAGGCGUGGUCUGCUCUUCAGGAACAAUCAAAUUGGGAUAGUAAGCUGGUUUCUUGGUCAGCUGUGUCAGAUGAUGUUACACCAGUCCAGCUGUCCAGCCCAGCGAGCACACUGAUCCCACAUGAUGCAAAAUCAGAAAGAAUAUCAACGACUUCAAGUGACCCAGUUGUUUCCCCAAAGGUUCAGAGACCUUCCAAGGAACAGGAUCAAAAUCCUGAUUUAAAACCAAAAAUAAGAAUUGCAGCAAAUUUCGGUAAUGCUUCCAGACACAAAAAAAAGGAUUUGCACAGCUCUGAUCUCAAAGAAAAGAGUAAAGAAAGAGGUUCCACCGAGAAAACAUCAAGUCAAGUAGUACAAUCGAGGUUUACACUGGAAUUCGACUCUAUAGAGCGUCUUGGUAAAGGAGCCUUUGGUCGUGUUUAUAAGGCAAAACAUAAACUGCUGAAGAAAUAUUAUGCUAUUAAAAUUGUUCGCUGCAAAGAAAAGUCUCUAAGAGAGGUGGUGGCAUUAUCAGACCUCCAUCACACCAACAUUGUUCGAUACUACACCUGUUGGAUUCAGGAUUUAGAAUACCAAAUGGACAGUACAGGUGACACCUACAGUACUUCGCAGUCUGCUAGUGAUUCAUCUGAAAAGUGCCUCUAUAUUCAGAUGGAGCUGUGUGAUACUAAAACACUUAGAGUGUGGAUAGACGAGAAGAAUACUCAGAAUGUGAAGAAAUCUCUACGAGACUCAAGGAGAAAGGAAGAGAGCCUAAUCAUUGCUCAUCAAAUAGUCAGUGGAGUCGAGUACAUUCACUCAAAGAUGCUCAUCCACAGAGACCUGAAGCCUGCCAACAUCAUGUUUGGACGGGAUGGAGAAGUGAAGAUUGGAGACUUUGGCCUGGUCACUGCUGAGAUUGACAAUGAUGCUGAAAAUCUACUGGAAAGAAGUGCUUACAAAGGAACACCAUCUUAUAUGGCUCCCGAGCAGAAGAGCAAGAGCCAUUAUGACCGAAAAGUAGACAUAUUUGCUUUGGGGUUGAUAUAUUUUGAACUUCUUUGGAAUCUCUCUGUUGGCCCUGAAAGAAAAGCGGUUUGGGACAAUGCCCGAAGCCAGAAACUUCCUCAAGGGUUUUUGAAUAAUUUUCCGCAGGAGCAUCAAAUCAUAAAGGCAAUGCUGUGUGCGAAGCCAGAAAACCGUCCUGAAGCAAGUAAACUAAAGGAGGAGCUGAAAGAGUAUUCUGAUGCACUUUUAAUGCAAAAACAAAUGCUUCGAAAUAGUAACACAGCUCUCCACAGCCAUGAUCACGAUUUACCACCACUGAACAGCCUGAAGGAAGUGAGCCAAACAGACCACAACAGGAAAUACUCUGCAGUAAUGGAUAAAGAGCAACAAGCUCCAGUUGAUUCUAUGGAAACAGAAGCUGAAAAUCCAACUGCUCCACUUGUCCAAGCAAAUAUUUCUGACUAUGUAAGCUGGAUAUAUGAAUAUGGUCAGAAGAAAGAGAUCGUCAUAAAGCCUAAGGAGUCAAUAAAUAUACACAAAAGUGGUUUUCCAAGAUGCUGUAGCUUUGUGGUUGGUGGGAAGGAGUACCCAACUGCCUAUGGGAAAAAUAAAAAGGAAGCUAAGGAGGAAGCAGCCAAGCUAGUAUAUCAGAGCUUGGGUGUAACAUAUAAAGAUCACAAACCGACAAAUUUUGUUGGAAUUGUUAACAACUACUGUUUGAAAACACGCCGAAUCCUUGAUAUUAUUCAACUGAAAACACCACCACAUUACCCUGAGUUUUCCUACAAAUGUGUGAUCAACAAGAAGAAUUACCCUGAGGCUGUCGGUGAAACUGCCAAGGAAGCCAAACAAAAGGCAGCUCAGUUGGCCUGGUCUGCUCUUCAGGAACAAUCUGACUGGGACAGCAAGGUAUCCUACAGGUCAACCAUGUCUGAAGACAGUGUUUCAACAAUGCUGCCAUCACCAGCAUCCACACUGGAGUCAACUAAGGCCUUGUCAGAAGUCACAACAAGGAGUGAAAGUGAAUCAGUAUCUAUCACUGACCCAUCAAACCUGUUGGAGACUAAGAUGUCCCUCAUGUCAACUUUGUCUGUAGACACUCCACCUUCACUGGAGUCUCUUGAAGCGUCUUCAAAAAGCAUACCAACAAGUACGAGUGACUUCACUGAUUCAUCACACCCUUCCAUGGAAAAGGAUGCUAACAAAAACAAAAAUAUGGACACCAGACCAAGUGAAACAGGCCAAUCACAGUUUACUUUAGACUUUGAUUGCAUUGAAUGUCGUGCUAAAGGAGGCUAUGGUCAUGUUUUCAAAGCAAGAGAUAAACUGGUGAAGAAAUAUUAUGCUGUAAAGAUUGUUCGCCACAAAGAAAAAGCUCUAAGAGAGGUCGAGGCAUUAUCAGACCUCAACCACUCUAACAUUGUUAGAUACUACAAGUGUUGGCUGGAGGAUUCAGAAUACCAGUGGGACAAUACAACUGACAGUUACAGUACUUCCCAGUCUAGUAGUAAUUCAUCACAACAGUACCUCUAUAUUAUGAUGGAGUUAUGUGAUGACAAAACACUCAAAGACUGGAUAACUGAGAAGAAUGAGAAAACUCUUGAAGAGUCUAUAAGAAGAGCAGAAAGUCUUCCCAUUAUGCAGCAAAUAGUCAGUGGAGUCGAGUGCAUUCACUCCCACAGACUCAUCCACAGGGACCUCAAGCCUACCAACAUCAUGUUUGGAAAAGAUGGAAAAGUGAAGAUUGGAGAUUUUGGUCUAGUUGCUACUGAGACUGAUGAUAAUGAUGAAAAUCAGAGUGAGAGAACAGAGAAAACAGGAACCAAAUCAUAUAUGGCUCCCGAACAGAGGACCAAAACAAGAUAUGGCUCCAAAGUGGACAUAUUUGCUCUGGGACUGAUAUAUUUUGAACUCCUUUGGAAAAUCUCUUCUGGGCAUGAAAAACAGAAGAUUUUUACAGAUGUCAGAAACCAAAUUCUCCCUAAAGAAUUUUCACUGAAGUUUCCAGAAGAGAACCAGAUAAUCAUGUCAAUGCUGUGUCAGAGCCCAGAAAACCGACCUGAAGCAAGUACACUGAAGGCAGACCUGGAACAGUGGGCUCAAACAUUAAAUGCACAAGUAUGCAUCUAGAAAAUGUAACUGGUUAAUCAGCACUUACUAAGUGACAUAAAUAUAUCUUUUGUUGUGUUUUGUUUUCAUGUCAUGUCUUUUUUUUCAUGUUUCAAUGUCUUUGAUGUACUGUUUUGUUUUUUGUUUUUUUUUUCAUGUCUAUAGCAGUUAUGUUCAGUCACUUUUUACAGAAAGUAGGAAUCAUGUUCUGUGGGAAUGGGAAUAACAUAUUUAAACUGAUGAAUUAUUACAGCCUUUGCUUUGUAAUAAAUAGACUGAUGUGGAAAAUAAAAUAAUGACCAACCAGGGUGUAAUGGUCAU